CAGUUCUUGGCUCCUCCAUCCCUGCCUCUUCGUCUCUAUCUCCCGGUGGCCUUCCACAUCGACCCGCCUCAGUCUUCUCUUUCCCACUACAUGCGUCACGCUUGUAUAUAAAGGAAGCUUGUGAGGCCUCCGAUUCCGUCCACGAAGAAGGGAAGGGAAGGUAGCGAUGAACUGCGAUAACUCCUCCUCUUCCUCCUCCUCCUCCUCCUCCUCCGUGUCCACCUCGUCGUCGUCAUCCUCGACGACGCGCAACCAGCACCAGCCGGCCCCGUCGCCCAAGCGGAAGGCGGGGCGGAAGAAGUUCCGGGAGACGCGCCACCCUGUGUACCACAGCGUGCCGGAGAGCCGCGGCGGCAGGUGGGCGUGCGAGGUGCGGGAGCCCCGGAGGAAGAGCCGGAUCUGUCUCGGGACAUUCUCGACGCCGGAGAUGGCCGCCAGGGCGCACGACGUGACCACCAUGGCGCUCCGGGGCGAGUCGGCCCAGCUCAACUUCCCCGACUCGGCCUGGACGGUGCCCCGAGCGAGGUCGGCCGUCCCGGAGGACAUCCGCCGCGCCGCGACCCAGGCGGCCGAAGGGUCUGCUCCCUCCGAACCGUCACCGCCUGUAGAGGCGCCAACGACAUCCCGAAGAACUCCGGGAAGGGAUGCAAGGGCGGCGGAGGCGGAGGCUGCAGCGCCGCGGCCAGCUCCGGUUUUCGUGGACGAAGAGGCGGUGUUCAACAUGCCGGGGUUGAUGGAGGACAUGGCAAGGGGAAUGCUGGUGACGCCGCCGUCGAUGCAGAGAGGGGUCGAUUGGGACGGCGCCAGCGACGAAUGCGUCUGCGACCUGUCGCUUUGGACGGACGAGCUGUGAAGCGUGACACAGUGAUAAGCCUUCUCUUUCUUCCUUCUCGUAGUUGGAUUCAUAGCAAACACCAAUGAAAUCCUUCACACUGUCUUGGCUUUCACAAAGCGUGCAAAUUAAAGAGAAUCUUGUGAUGCUAUCAACUCAUAGCUGACGUGAAAGAAAUUUGUUUCAUAUCUAAAAGAGACGGUGUGCAGAUGUACUCUUUUGCUUCGAAUAUGAACGCACGCACCUCAUGAUCUUUGGAAGCUAAUAUUAAAUUUAAUUCAAAAUUUAAAAUUUUUACGGCUAAUAUUAAAUUGAUUAAAAUCAAUAUCAUCUUAUAUGCUUUGAGG